AUGGGUAACAUAGAAAGUGCUGAAGGGGAGAACCUCCCAGAAUUAAAAAAAAUGAAACUUAUCUUAGAUAAAGGGCAUUAUAAAGUUUUUGAAAGUCCUGAAAAUAAUAAAUAUGAUUUCUGGUCAUUAAAAUCAAGUGAAUACUCUUUUAAAGAGGAAUUAAAAAUAGCAGAAGAAAUAAAAAAAAGAGAUUUAAUUGGAAUUGCUAAAAUUGAAAAUGUUCAGUUAACUCUUUAUGAGAAACUGUUUAAAAAGUACUAUGUCUUGAGCAUUUUAACAGAGCAUCCAUUAUAUACUCUAAGAGAAUAUUUAUUAAAAAAGGCUAAAAAUUAAUGUUUAGACUCCACUUAAAUUAUUGACCUUUUAUUAUCUGUAGUAAAUGCAUAAUACUUACUUGGAUAAAAGAAGUAAUAUCUCGGCUUUGACAAUAUUCAUACAAGUGAUGGUAAAUUUUGGAAAAUAAAACCUUUUGUUGAGACAAAAUCAUUCUAUUUAGAGAUAUAAGAAUAUAAAUCAAAAAAUCUAAAGAAUUUUGAUAUGUCUGGUUUUCCUUCACCAGAAGAAUUAAAUUAAAGUAACUGCGAUACAGAUAGAGUAUAAAUUUUUGGUUUAGGAAUGCUAAUAUUAGAAUUGAUUACAUGUAUUAUUUAUUUAUAUAGUAUAGAAAAAAAAAGCAAAGAUAUAUAUUCUAAAUUUAUAAUUGAUGAAGAUCUCUUUUAAUAAAGGAUAAAUUUACUAAGAACUCAUAAGAAAAAUUAUAGUGGGAAAUUUAUUGAAUUAACAAUUGAUAUGUUAGAUUUAGAUAUAGUUAGAAGACCUAAUUAUGAUUAAUUGUAUAAGAAAUUAAAUUCACCUGAAUCAAAAAUUGAUUCUGAAGUUAAAGAUUCUUAAAUUGAACCAAUUGAUCAAAAUAAAUCUAUCCUAUAUAAUCUUUUCUAACCUCCUCUUCUUUAAUAAACAGAUGUAAAGAUUACUAGUGCAAUUUCUAAAAUUGAAUAACCAGGAAACAGUAAAGUAGUUGAUCAUUAAAUUAAAAUUAGUAAAACAUAUUAGAAUUAAUAAAAUUAAGUAAUAGAGAAUUUCCAGUAUUUUGGGCCUUAUUUUAAUGGUAACUAUCAUGGAGAAGGUAAUCAUAUAUUUUAUUAUAAUAUAGGUAAAUUAUAUACAUAAAAUCAUUAAUUACUUUAUGAGGGAGGUUUUUAUGAAGGAUAAUAUAAUAAUUUUGGUAAAUUAAAUUUCUUAAACACUCAAAUUUUAAAAGGGAAUUUCAAUUAUUAAGAUUGCACAAAUAUAGAUCAAUAUGCUUCAAUUUAUGAAGGAUAAUUUUAAAAUGGAAAGUAUUUAUUAUAUAAAUAAUUAAUAUAGAAAACAUGGAGAAGGCAAAUUAUUUUUAACUAAUGGAGAAGUAUUCAUUGGAACAUUUCUAAAUAACCUUAUUAAUGGAAAAGGAAGAUUUGAAUUGAAUAAUUAAUUAAAGUUUUCUGGAUUCUGGGAAAAAGGAAUAUUGUAAUCUAAUAUUGAAAAUCUCUAAUCAUUUUAAAAUUCUAAAAAUAAUGAACAAUUUGAAGGUUUAAGUAAAUUAGAUACAAAAAGAAGUUAAUAAUUUGAAUGUGAAGGAUUUGGAGAUACAUAAACUCAAAAUAUCCUCUCUGACAUAAAAGAAGAAAAUUUAUAGUAAUUAUAUUAUGACGAUUAAAAAACUAAAAUUAAAUAUAAAGGAGAAAUACAUCAAGGUUAGAAACAUGGAAAAGGCAUAUUAUAUUUUAUGAAUGGAAAGGAUCAAUAUAAUGGAGAUUUUAAGAAUGAUUAAUAUGAUGGUUAUGGUACAUUAUAUAAUGAAAAUCAGAUUGUUGAGGAUUAGAUUAAUUAUUCAUUAUUAAGAGAAGUGCAGAUUAAAGGUUAUUGGAAACGUUAUCAGGGAACAUUUUAAAAUGGAUUGUAUUAUAUAUUCAAUAAAAUUUAGAAAAUGUGGUCAAGGAACUUGGUAUUUAACUAAUAACAGUGAAUUUAUAGGCAUAUUUGAUAAGGAUCUUCCUAAUGGAGAAGGUGUGAUAAGAAGAAUAAAUCACGAAGAUUUUAGUGGGAAUUGGGAAAAUGGAGUAUUAACACGUGUGAUCUCAGGAAAAUUAUGA